AUGCUCCAGUACCACUUCUUCUUCGAGGACAUGUUUGUGCAGGCAAGGGUCUUCCUCACGCCAAGUGUGGAAGAGCAUUCCCUCUGGAUCUUCGACCAUGGCAAGCAGGAAGUACAGGAGUUGGAAAAUUGCAGCGAGCCGCUGAAGCAAUCCGAGGUGGAUUUCCUGCAUGUCUCCGGGCCUCGCAUGCAGAUUGAAGAUAGAGAUGGUGGUGGGCGCUUGUCUUUAGAUGGCGAGGAGCUCGUCGUGGACUUCACGUCUCGCAAUGUUUUCUCAUGGCUUCCUGCUGGCCAAAGUGAAGAUGCAGUUAUUCACCGGCCUGACCUGGAGAUCACCAUGAAGUAUGGUGGCCGCACCCGAGUGGGUCGAGGGUACUCGAAGCGCUACUUUGGACACUACGGUCCUCACUGGGGAUACCGCUUCAUUCAGAGCAGCUGGCUCACCGGUGACAAAUUCCUUUGGACUGCAGACGCGACCUUCCGCCUGGGGGAUGGCGAGGCCAAAUACAACUAUUUCAAGCUGUUGGACGGGCAGACGAACGAGUUGGUGCAGGCUGAGAGCAGGGACACCUACCAGCAGGACACGGAGGCGCAUGCUUGGAUCGAUGGGGAGCGUUAUGUCGCCAGCAUAACGCCCUUAGGGGAAUGGCUGCACGAUUACAAGAAGGGCGGCACAAACAGCCGCAUGCAGCUGCGGUACUGCAGCAUCCAGCUCCAGCACGGCGAUGAGACUUUGACAGGCUACGCGCUGAACGAGAGAUGCUUUGGUGUCCUGGGCUGA